CAGGACCUCACAGCCUUAUUGCCGCAUCGCCACAGAGCAGCAAAGAAGUAUAGACCCUCAAAACCCACCCGCAGGUAGCUUCCUGCUUUAUUGCCUGGUUAAGAAUGAAUGAAGCCAAGUUGUUUGGAUCUAUCAGCUGGCCGAAGGGUCACCACUUCCUGCACUAAUUCUUAGGGCGAAGCCAAACGCAUUUCCAAAUUCAGAUCAACCAAGACAAGGCCCCCUAGCUACAUACAACAAGGUCCAAUUAUGUGUCUGACGAGCCAUCAUUGUCCCCUUCGGUUGGUCCAUCUACCAACGCCUCUGAGGCCACGCUGAGGAGAUUCGGAUCGGCACGGCCGUAGUUAAAUCCUCAUCUCCAAGUCUGAGAUUAGAUGAAUAACCUCGCGCUUCUUGUUGGUAGGCUCGUCAAAUCGCCCUUGUCCCGGGGGGGCGGGGGGCGCUGCCCUGGCUGCUGGUCUCUGGCUGCUGGGCGGGUAGGAUGUGACUGCCCUGCCUGUCCACGGACUCAUGAUUGCCCGUGGCCCGUAUGCUUGACUCUGCCCUGGGGACGGUGGUGCUGCGCUCAUUGUAAUUGCUUGCUGCAGGACAGGAUUGGGUGUUAGAUCGCUGCUCGAUUGAAAUUGGAGAUGACUUGAGGGAUCUGCGGGGCUUGAUCUGGUUGACUAGUAGGUAGCGACGGUCGGGCUCGUGUGUCUGCCCAAGUUUUCGAUGGAGAGUGGUUAGGGGGUACUGCUGGUGAGCACUCCGGGGACGAGGGAAAGUCCUUAUUUAAGGACCCUUCACUCGCG